CCAUUGCAACACAAGAAGAGUUUUCAGUCUCCACUUUCCAGAAAAAAGAACCAGCCAUGAUCAGCGCAAAGAGAAUUGCUCAACUUGCAAAGAAGUGGCAGAGGAUGGCAGCCCUUGGGAGGAAGCGACUGGCAAUUAAGUCAUCAAAAGAACCCGAAGGAUGCUCCACGGUAGUGGCAGGCAAGGGCCACUGUGUCAUGUACACUUCUGAGGGGAGGCGGUUCGAGGUGCCAUUGGUGUACCUUGGCACAAGUGUCUUCAGUGAGCUACUGAGGAUGUCUCAGGAGGAGUUUGGAUUCACAAGUGAUGAUGGAAGGAUCACACUGCCAUGUGAUGCCACAGUGAUGGAGUACGUGAUGUGCUUGCUUAGAAGAAAUGCUUCAGCAGAGGUUGAAAAUGCGUUCUUGAGCUCCAUUGCCAUGUCAUGCCACUAUACAAGCUGUGUGACGCCAUCUCUGGGACUAGUUAGCCAGCAAUUUGCUGUCUGUAGCUCCUAAUGUCAUCUAUUUUGUACUCUUUUAUGUGAAAUAGUCUGGCAUAGGUAGAAGGAAAAAAGAAAAUGUACAUUCUCUCGAUCUUAAUGAAUUGGUCGGCAUGACUUC